AUGCCGGGGAUGCGGCGCGCCCGGCUGCUCGCCCUGCUGCUGCUGCUCGGGGCGCUGCUCAGCGCCGACGUCCACUUCCACCUCUGGCCCCAGGUGCGGCGGCGCCUGGCCGGGGGCGAGGCGGGCCGGGCGGGGGGCUGCUCCUGCCCGCCCGGAGACGCUCCCGCCUCCCCACCGGGACCCCGGCCGCCGCCAGGCAGCGCGGAGGGAAGCCGCCCGGAGCGCCGCGCCAAGCUGCGGCGGCUCUUCGCCCACCCGCUCUACAGCGCCCCGGAGCGGCCGGGGGAACAGCUGCUCGGCGGGCAGGAGGCGCUGCGCUACUACGGCCGGAAAGUGGCCCGCUGGAACAGGAGACAGAAGAUUUACAGAGAGGAGCGCAACCUCACCUUGGACUCAUUGAUACAGCUCAGGCAGGAAGCAAGCUGGCUCCAGUUCCACCUGGGAAUCAGUCGCGAUGCACUAUAUCGACGGUCCAGCCCUGCUGUUGACCAGCUGCUCCAGGACAUGCCUGAUUUCAGCACCAUUAGCGCUGAUUACAGUCAGGACGAGAAAGCAUUGCUAGGUGCUUGUGACUGUACACAAAUUGUAAAACCCAGCGGAGUGCAUUUGAAACUUGUUCUACGGUUCCAGGACUUUGGGAAAGCGAUGUUCAAGCCUAUGAGACAGGAACGAGAAGAGGAGACUCCAAAAGACUUUUUCUAUUUUGUUGACUUUCAAAGACACAAUGCAGAAAUAGCUGCUUUUCACCUUGACAGAAUACUGGAUUUUCGUCGUGUCCCUCCAGUGGUUGGGAGAUUGAUUAACAUCACUAAGGAAAUUUUAGAGGUUACCAAGAAUGAAAUCCUACAAAGUGUUUUUUUUGUUUCACCUGCCAUCAAUACGUGUUUCUUUGCCAAGUGUCCUUAUAUGUGCAAGACGGAAUAUGCUGUAUGUGGGAACCCUCAUCUGCUAGAAGGAUCUCUUUCUGCUUUCCUGCCAUCCCUCAACCUGGCUCCAAGAAUCUCCAUUCCAAACCCAUGGAUCCGAUCCUACACCUUUGCUGGAAAAGAGGAAUGGGAAGUGAAUCCGCUUUACUGCAACGCAGUGAAGGAGGUUUACCCUUAUAGCAGCGGUAGCCGGCUACUCAAUAUCAUUGACAUGGCAAUAUUUGACUUCUUAAUAGGCAACAUGGACCGUCAUCAUUACGAGAUGUUCACAAAGUUUGGGGAUGAUGGCUUUUUGCUUCACCUGGACAAUGCAAGAGGGUUUGGGAAACAUUCCCACGAUGAAAUCUCCAUACUGGCUCCGCUUAUACAGUGCUGCCUAAUAAAGAAGACAACAUUAUUACGGCUGCAACUCUUAGCUCAGCCAGAUUUCCGACUCAGCGAUGUCAUGCGGGAGUCCUUGCUUCAGGACCGUCUCACCCCUGUGCUCACAGAACCACACCUUUUGGCACUGGACAGGAGGUUGCAGAUAAUUCUGAAGACUGUGGAGAAAUGCAUAGAAACUAACGGAGAAGACAUAGUCGUAGCUAACACGAAGCCUCUGGAUACACUUGCAUUUGACAGAACGCCACGAUCAAGCUAG